ACAGACCUGGAGGAGGAAAGAAUGAAGCAAAAAAUAGCUGACAGGACAAUGAAAGAAAAGCUACACAUCUACUCACUGAGAAUACUUAUAAAUAUAAUUGUCAUUGCAGUUUUAACAGUGUGUUUUUACUGUAUUUAUAAAGCAACUGUCUUCUCUCAAGAAAAUUCCAACAGUGUCAGCAAUAUGAACUUCCGGACUAAUCUCUUAGUGCAGUAUUUGCCUUCCAUGGUGAUCACAUUGGCCAACUUCAUUGCUCCUCAGAUCUUCUCAUUUCUGAUCAGAUUUGAAGAUUAUUCACCAGCCUUUGAAAUCAGACUGACACUCAUGAGGUGUGUCUUUGUGCGGUUGGCCAAUAUCGGUGUUCUCCUGAUCUCGCUGUGGAGUCAGAUCUCCGACUGUGCCACCGACGAGUGUAAGGCCUGUGGAUACAAUUACAAACUCUAUCCUUGCUGGGAAUCUGAAGUUGGGCAAGAAAUGUAUAAACUGAUGAUAUUUGAUUUUAUUAUAAUUUUUGCUGUGACCCUGUUUUUGGACUUUCCUAGAAAGUUGGUUGUUACUCAUUGCACUUGCAAGCCAGUUCAGUGGUGUGGAUUGCAGGAAUUUCGAAUUUCUGAAAAUGUCCUGGAAAUUGUUUAUGGGCAAACCAUCUGCUGGAUUGGAACCUUCUUUUCACCACUUCUCCCUGCAAUAGCAACUAUAAAAUACUUUAUCAUCUUUUACAUUAAAAAGAUCAGUUUGAUACACACGUGUAAGCCUGCAGCCAGGCCUAUCAGAGCAUCAAGUUCCAAUUUUUUUUUCUUGGUGGUCUUGUUGAUUGGGCUUGUCUUGGCUUUUAUUCCUCUGGGAAUCAGCAUUGCACACAUCCCCUCCUCCAAAGCAUGUGGGCCAUUCAGGAAUUUUAACACUUCAUGGUCAGUUGUUCCACAUACAAUACUUGGAUUUCCAGUAGGUCUGCAGCAAGUCCUUAAUGGCAUAGCAUCAGAAGCCUUUGCAGUGCCGUUUUUUAUGGUCAUUUGCCUCGUUAUGUUCUAUUUUAUUGCCUUGGCGAGAGCACACAAACGAGUGGUUGAGCAGCUGAGGGAACAACUUGCUAUGGAGGGUCGUGACAAGAUGUUCCUCAUCAGAAAGAUAACAGAAGCUCAGGGAUGUCCUUGA